AUGUUCGCGACAGAGGAACAAGGAAAUUCACGGAGGAUUUCCAGGCUCUGCCCCGGAUCGUCUCGAAAGUCGGUGUCCGCAAGCAUGGCAUGGUUGGUGCUCUUGGCCGUUCUCUUCCCAGCUCAGACAGGUGCAUCGUGCCUGCCAGAGGCCAUUAACAUCAGCCAGCGGAAGUACCUGACGAAUGUUAAUGGUGAGUCCUACCCCAUUGGCAUGUUCAUGGGUAACUGGGAUGCAUCCUUCCUCACAACCCACCUACUGAAGAUCAUCAUCGAGGAACGGAUGGGCUUCCACGCUGAGGCGACGGGUCCUGGUCCUUCCACGUUGAGUUGCUUCUACGCGCUGCUUGGCUGUAAGGCGCCUGGUAACAGCACUGACAGGGGAUGCGGUCAACCAGUGACCUACAACCACAUCAAUCUCGAAGCGUGGUCGGAAGGCUAUGCGAACGAGUGGAAACUCAUCCAAAGUCAAUACGCCUCCAUGGCUCCCGUGGACGUGGGCAGCAUGGGUUACGAUGGCUCCUCUUCAUUUUUCAUCCGGAAGACAGUGAGGAGCCAUGCUUACUACCAAGAUGGGGUUGCGCUGGACUUCUACCGUGGAUGGAACAUGUCGUGGAGCGAGCCAUCGAGGUACUUCGAUACCCUGGCUUCUAUCAGCCGUGACCUGAUUGUGCCUUGUACACAAACUCGCUUCAUGGCGACAGCAGCGAACCAGAACUAUCUGCGAAUCACAGGUGACGAUGCAGGUGUCGAGAUGCUCCCAGACGGCACGCUUGCUGCCGUUUGUCCUGAUGACUACUUCUGGCUCUCUCCGACCUGCCGCGCAGAUUCGACUCGGUGCGUGCCGUACGUUACUGGCGGCUCGGGUUGGGGUCUGGAUGAUUUGAUGCAAAAGGCUGCUAGCUAUGACAUGCCUGUUGCCAUUGGGGUUGCAAGAUCAUGGUCAACACUACCUCGAGAGGUAAAUGUGUUUUUUUACUGGUGGGUUCCAGAUACUACGUUCUUGGAUCUGGAUCCGGUCGAGAUCGUGUUUCCUCCAUAUGACUUCCGUGCGUACACAAGUGGUGACAAGCGCACUUUGGCUGCAUCUUCCGCAAUUACCAAGAUCGUCAGCCAGGACUUGGUCACCUUAGCGCCCUCGGUGGAAGACCUCGUGCGGAACUUGCGAUUGGGACUUAACGAUGUCAUGAACAUGCUGAAGGACAUGCAAGACACCGGGGACUCAUAUGCGACUGUGGCCUGUCGCUGGUUACAGUCGAACCCCAGCUGGCAGGAUUGGCUGCCGGACCGCACCAAGUGCUCCCCCGGCUUCGGCCUCUACGACACGACGCAAGAUAGCUUUAUUGGCACACGUGCAGACCCGACCUUCCUGGAGUGCCGUGCUUGUGUGUCCGGAAGAUAUUCAGCUCGGUUGCACGACUCCGCAGGGAUUACCCAUGUGUGCGAGUUCUGUGAGCCUGGAAGCAGCCAGGCAUCGGGUGCAGCUUUGCAGUGCGAACUGUGCCAGCUGGGGAAGUCACAGAAUAACUCUGGCAGUCAAGAAUGUAAUCGCUGCAAAAUCGGUGAGUACCAGGAUGAGCCAGGUUCCAGCAGCUGCAAGCCUUGCUCAGGUGGCACGACCCUAGGUUUGGGGUCCACUACACUUGAGGACUGUGGCUGCCCGACGGGCUUCAUUGAUGCUUCGGAGAGCACCGCGAACCUGAGCUGCAUCGAAUGUGCGGAAGGCUUGGACUGCCCAGCGCUCGCCACGCUCCAGGGACUUCGGUCCGGCAGCUCAAACCUGGGCCCACAGUUUGUGGCGAGCAUCCUUCCCGGAUUCUACAGCAGCAUGGCGGAGCCGCUGGACCUGUAUCGCUGCGUCGAGGCUGCUACAGGCACGCGCUGUCCGGGUGGCAUACCCGCAAGUUGUACGGGACUACUGAACAACACGGCCUGCACCGAUUGCCCCAGCGGAAGGCACUGGGACAGGUCUGAGGGACAGUGCGAGGAGUGCACGCCCUGGCAGCAACUAGGUUGGAUCCUCGCAGUCGCAGUGUUUUUGGCUGGCCUGGUCAUGGUCUACUACAUGAUGACUGCUCAAAAAACGGCCAAGGCCUCCGUGCUCUUUACAACGACCUGCGCUUUCGGCAUGACCAUCUCGUCGCUACAAUCCGUCGGCAUCAUUGGGACGAUGACCGUUCAAGUUCCUGAAGGUUUGAAAGCCAUCUAUGCAUUUCUGCAGGUAUUUCUGCUGGACUUCGAUAACUUUGCUUUCAGCUGCGUCGCAGGUCGUUCUGCCCCUGCUCGCUACAUCGUGUCGGUCCUUGUCUUCCCGGGUGCUGUAUGCUGGCUCGUGUGCUGCCACCAUGCCUCCAAGCUCCUCCCCAAGAGGCUGCGAUGGGAAGGUAGCAAGACGAAGAGCACGAUUGGAGCCUUGCUACAGCUUGCGUUCAGCACGAUGAGUACCAUUUCCAUGGCACCGAUGAUGUGCUUCAG